AUGUCUGUCGCUGGCACAAUUAAAGGUGACAUGUCGCAGCAAGUUCGAUCACUCUACCGCCAAUUAUUACGGCAAGGUUCGCAGUUCUCUGCGUACAACUUCCGCGAGUAUGCGAAGCGACGGACGAGAGAUGCUUUCCGAGAGCACCAGGGCGAGCAAGAUAGCCGAAAGGUGCAGGAGUUGGUUCAGCAUGGAAUUAAAGAGCUUCAGAGCUUGAAGGUGCGUGGAGGAUACAUGCGUGCGUCAAAACAAGGGCGAAUUGCUGACAUUGAGCAGCGACAAACAGUCAUCAGCCAGUUUUACCAACUCGACCGGUUAGUCGUUGAGGGUGGUAUCUCGGGCAAGCAGACGGGCAACAACCAAGAGAUCCUCAGACAGAAGGAGCCGGGUUACGACUAA